AUGGCUCCCGUGCGUUUUUCGGGAGUCUGUCUCUUAGCGUUGAUUUCCUGGAUCAACAUUUCCAUCGUGAAUCAACCUGUCCAGGCGCACCCGAUUGUGAACCCCGAUAAUGGGCUGAACAAUCUUGACUUUGGAGCGGCCCAUGCCGCCCGCAGCCUAGAAAUACGGGAGGCUGGCGACGCCAACUGCGGCGAGAGCUGCAGAACCAGAGGUGAGGGGGAUCCUGGGGCCGGUACCUCCGCUACCGGUUCGUCGGGCGUGGGCACCAUCGGAUCGGGCGUCACUGUUAUCAGCGGCCAGCCACCCGAUAUCGACAGCGGUCGUUCUUCAUCCGGCGGUGGUAGCGGUGGUGCUGAUCCCGGCACCCACCUAGGAACUAGUAGUGCGGCUAGUGCUGGAGGCACUAGUUCCAGUGGCUUCCUGGGCGGCUCCAAAUCCGGCGGCUCUACUGGUGGUGGUGCUAGUACCUCUGCUGGCGGUGACCCUCCUGGUGUCUCCACUGGAUUCUCUACUGGUUCUUCUACUGGUGGUGCUACUGGUUCCUCCGCUGGUGGUGACCCUCCUGGUGUCUCCACUGAUCUCUCUACUGGUGGCUCUGGUGGUGGUGGCUCUGGUGGUGGUGGCUCUGGUGGUGGUGGCUCUGGAGCUGGUGGCCCUGGAGCUGGUGGCCCUGGAGCUGGUGGCCCUGGAGCUGGUGGCCCUGGAGCUGGUGGCCCUGGAGCUGGUGGCCCUGGAGCUGGUGGCCCUGGAGCUGGUGGCCCUGGAGCUGGUGGCCCUGGAGCUGGUGGCCCUGGAGCUGGUGGCCCUGGAGCUGGUGGCCCUGGUGCUGGCCCUACCGGUGGUGGCCCUGGUGGUGUUUCCACUGAUCUCUCUACCGGUGGUACCUCUGGUGCCGGUGGCCCUGGUGGUGGCUCUGGUGGUGGCUCUGGUGGUGGCUCUGGUGGUGGCUCUGGUGGUGGAUCUACCGGUGGUGGCUCUACUGGUGGUUCUACUGGUGGUUCUACUGGUGGUUCUACUGGUGGUUCUACUGGUGGUUCUACUGGUGACUCUAUUGGUAUUGCCUCUAUUGGUGCCUCUACUGGCGGUUCCUCUGCAGGCACCUCCUCAAACAGCCCUGGAUCAGGGUCAGCCAGCAGUGGAGCAAAAGCAGAUGGACACGCCGACGCCAACGCGAACGCAAUGGCGGAAGCAUCCUCUGGCGGAAACACCGUCGGUGAUCCGGGGUCCUCCAGCCUCGCCGAGGCGCAAGCCCAUGCCCGUGGAGUCGCGGUCGGCGUCGGCCCUGUCACCUCCAACCAAGGCAGUGGAGCGGCCGGCGCGUCCGACAACGCCGCGGCGUCAACCAGCUCGGGCCAGAACGGCGGCGCGAGCAACAAUGGAGCAGGGACCAAUGUUAAUGUCGUCACCGACGUUCCUGGUGCCAGGCCGAGCCCGGAUGGGGGUGAAGGUAAAAACAACAACCAGCCUCCCAAGACCCAGGAUGGGCUUGUUAACUCUUUGCUGGGGAAGUUGACUUCGUGGGUUGAUAGUGCGCGACGAACCGAAGGGUGA